AUGACUAGCGUCGAUGCCUCCACAAAAUUAAAGGCCGCUAAGGACUCCUUGGUAGCCUCAUUAUUCGAAUUAUCUAGAGCUGCUAACCAAACAGCUUCUUCUGUCAUUGAAUUCUAUAACAACAUUGACGAAGACGAAGAAGAAAAAAUUGAUGCAUUCACUACUUUAACUGAAUCUUUACAAACUUUAACUGGUGCUACCAACCAAUUCCAUUCCAUCACUAAUGAAUUAAUCAAUCCAAGUGAAGAUGACAAAGAAAUAGUCUCGUCUACAUCUGUACCCGCUACCAAACCAGCCAAAAAAAAAGUGGAGCGUGAUCCAAAUGCUCCUAAGAAACCAUUGACUGUCUUCUUUGCAUACUCUGCUUAUGUUCGUCAAGAGUUACGUGAUGCUAGGGCUAAGGCUGGGUUACCACCAUUAUCAUCCACUGAGAUCACCCAGGAGAUUUCAAAGAAAUGGAAAGAGCUAAGUGAUGCUGAGAAGGAAAAAUGGAAACAAGCUUACAAUGUUGAAUUGGAAAACUAUCAAAAGGCUAAAUCCGAAUAUUUGGAGAAUAAGAAGAAUGGGAUUUUACCCUCAUUGGACGGUCCAAGCCAUGCUCCGGUGCCAAUCCCUUUUGAUCUUUCUGUUGCAUCUCAAGAGGAUUCUUCCAUCGAUGAUUCUAAAAGACAACGUGAAGAUGAUCCUAUGAGCAGCGAAAAGAAGAAGAAGAAGAAGAAGAAGGAUAAAAAGAAGGAUAAAUCUUAUGAAUAA